AGGAAAUACAAAACUAUUAUAAACGAAACAGAUCUACACACACACACACACACACACACACACACACACACACACUACGGAGCUGGAAUAUAGCAGACACUUGACAGAAGAGCCUUUGGGAUAACAUGUCAGCUACUCUCUGUGCCUUUAUCCUGACGUUUUCAACACUAUGUGGAUCCAGAGUGGUGUCAGGAGUCCUCAGCCAACCCAGAAAUGUCCGCUUGACCUCCUACAACAUGAACCUUGUGCUGAGGUGGGACCCACCUGAGGGGGCAGCCAGUGGCCUGGUCUACACCACUGAAUACAGUUCCCCACGCUCAGGAUCCGUAAAAGCCUGUGUGAACAUCUCCCACUGUGAAUGUGACAUCACCGCCCUCACCAAAUUCAUCAGUCAGUAUGGAACGUAUUUGGGCCAAGUCCGGGCGCAGUUGGGGGCAGAGAUCUCCGAUUGGGCGAAGAGUGACCUGAUAACCUUGGACAAGUACACCACCAUCGGCUCACCCAAUGUCUCUCUCCUCUCCAACGGGGCUUCUAUCGAAGUCAGCAUUAAAGAUCCAGCGUUCACUCUCUCAACACUCAGGAAUGUAUACCACUACGCCACCUACAACAUCACCUACUGGAAGGACGGCCAGGAGGGAAAGGUCCAAAGCUUGAGCGGCGUAAAGCAAAACCGGGUGGUUCUGAGUGACUUGGAAGUCUGGACCAAGUACUGCAUCCAAGUACAAAUCUACACCCUGAGGAGCGCCAGCCCCAGCGAGGCCAGCACGCCGGUCUGCGAGAGCACCACCAUCAGAGAAGAGGUUCCGUGGGUGGCGGCCUUGGUGACGUUUGUCAUCUUGGCAGUGGUGGUGACUCUGGUGGUGGUCGCAGUGGUCUAUCGGAAAAAUAUAUCCCACUUUCUCUGCCCGAAAGAUGCGCUGCCUCAGCACUUUAAAGAGUACCUGCUGGCGCCCCCCAACUCUUCCAAUUACAUAGCCAUGUGGAACUCCCAACCACCUAAGGAGAUCUACGACCCGGUCAGCAUCAUUGCAGACGACAGCACUGUGGAUGAAGGGCGCCCCCUGAAGGCAGCAGGGCCCAGCUGCAGCAAACAACCUGAUGUCACAUCGGGGGAGACAUAGGACAGAGGAGGCAACGGCUUAACAGCACAGAAGCAGUGAAGAAGAGCUGAUUUUAAAAGACACUGACAGUGAAAUAAUCGAUUCUUGCUUGACUUCAGAGUUUUGGGGGUGGCUGUUGCUCAGGAGGUAGAGCGGGUUGUCCACCAAUCAGAAGGUUGGGGGCUCGAUCCUCGGCUCCUCCUGCUGCAUAGCGAAGGUACUGAGCCCCAGAUUGCUCCCGAUGCGGUGUGUGAAUGUGUAUGAGUGGAUCCGUUUCUGUUUGUGAUGAGCGCUUGCCAUCACUGUGUGAAUGGGUGAAUGUGGCAUGUAGUGUAAAAGCGCUUUGAUUGGUCAGAAGACUAGAAAGGCUCUAUACAUGUACAGUCCAUUUGCCAUUUUGAUUCAACAAAUCCUGCAGCAGUCCCAUUUUAUUCCCUCGGAGCAGGUGUUACUGUGAAGGGACUGUACAGCAGAGACGUGUAGGUACAGGACUCAUACAGGUGAAGUUGUUGUGCUGUACAGUCCUAAUGUUGCUCACAGUAUUGCCACAUACUGUGCUUGAGUGAAGGAGUAGGGCAUGCCCACUGGAGCUGCCCACACACUAAAUUAUUUAUGCUGCCAUGGUGCUAUAGGAUCACCAUCCACCGUUUACCGUGCUUGAUUCUGUAUUGUGGAUGUGGACUUAAAAAACCUGCAUAAUCUGCCAUCCAGUGGGCACAUUUUGUUAAGCAUGCAUAUUUGAAUUGCCUCUUUUUGGCAAUAUGAAGGUUUUCUUAGAAAGAGAAGUGAAAGCGUGUUUGUGAGAAACAACACAACGUCCGAGGUUUACACAAUAAUGUUGUACUCCAUUAAACUUCAAUAAAGUCAUUAUUUGAA